GGGCUCGGAUGAACAGAGGCGCGCGCUCACUCACUCCCAAAGCGAUGACUAUAGAGGCGCUCCUCUAGGAUCUUUGCUCUGCAGCAGCGGCGCGGCCUCGGCCUCGCUCCGGGCUCCGGGCGGUCAAGGAUGAGCGGAGAGCGGGAGCUGAAACACCUGGAAAAGGCCAAGUUAAAGGCCCAGAAGAGCCACAACCUGAAGGAGGAGGCGAGUCUGUGCAACCAACUGGGCGAGGUGCUGGCAAAACAAGGUCAGUUCCAGAAGGCCAUUGAGGAGCACCGGCAGGAGCUACAGCUGUCAGAAGUACUGAACGAUGUGAUUGGCUGCGCAGUUGCCAACCGGAGGGUCGGAGAGUGCCUUGCGGAGAUGGGGAGCUACCCGGCGGCACUGGAGCACCAGCGCAAGCACCUGCAGUUGGCCCGCUCUGUGGCCAAUCACGUAGAGGAACAGCGAGCCUGGGCUACCAUUGGCCGGACCUACCUCUUCAGCUAUGAAACCAACCAGUCAAAUGAGUCGCUGCAGGAGGCAGAGAAUGCUUUCCGGAAAAGCAUGGCUAUUGUCGAGAACAAAUUGCAAGGCAAGGUCUCCCAGCAUGAGCUAAGCGAGAUGCGAGCCAGGCUCUACCUCAACUUGGGCUUCCUCUUCGACAUCACAAAGGACCCACUCAGAUGCGACCGCUACAUCCGUAAGAGCAUCUACAUAGCAGAGCAGAACAAACUGUACGAGGAUCUAUACCGGGCCAACUUCAAUCUGGGCAGUAUCCACUGUCGCAAUGGUGAGCACACCAGGGCCAUGCGCUGCUUCGAAGCAGCCAAGGAUUGUGCCAGGAAGAUGAAGGAGAAGUUGAUGGAGAGCGAGUGUUUCAGCAGCAUCGGGCAGGCUUUACUGACCCUCGGAGAUUUUGUGGCUGCCAAGCGCUCACUGAGGAAGGCGUUUAAGCUGGGAUCUCAGCACCAGACGGAUCACGACAUUGUGAGGAGGAAUCUCAAGAAUGCUGUGUCGGGAUGCCGGCUGGAGGAGGCCUUGUCCGAGCUGGGUGAGGAGGGGCAGCAGGAUGCACUGGGCCUGUGCGAGCAACUCGGCGACUUGUGUUGUAAGGUGAACAGCUACAGAAAAGCCAUCGACUACUACCAGAUGCAGCUCAGCCACGCGGAAGAGCUGCAGAAGCCGGAGCGGGAGCUGGGGGUCAUCCACGUCUCACUCGCUACCACUUUUGCUGACCUCAAAGAGUACGAGCUCUCUUUGAAACACUACCAGGCUGAGCUAGCUCUGCGGCAUGGAAGCCCCAAGGAGGAGUGCAAGACCUGGUUGAACGUGGCGAUGGUCAAGGAAGAGUGUGGCUGCCCCUACACUGAGCUGGAGGAGUGCUACGGCAAGGCACUGCAGUGUGCUGAGCAGGCUCGCAUCACCUCACUACAGGCUCAGGUGCUGAAGCUUCUUCAUUCGGUGCAGCAGAAGGGAGGUCACCCCGAGGCCGGCUCCACCCUGGCCCAGCUACAGGAGCUGCAGCAGAGCGGCGAGAGCGGGGAGGAGAGCGAGGCGGAGGAGGUGGAGAACAGCGAGCCCCUGGAGGACAGCGAGCUGGAGCUCUCAGAGAGCGAUGACGAAGACAUGGAAGGUUAUGAUAAGCCUGUCUCGGGACGGAGGAAGAUAAAUCAAUGGAACCGCAGAAACGAGAAGGGGGAGACGGUGUUACACCGAGCCUGCAUCGAUGGCAACCUGAAGCACGUCCAGAGUCUGGUGGAGAAGGGACACCCAUUGAACCCGCGAGAUAACUGUGGCUGGACACCACUUCACGAAGCCUGCAACCAUGGGUACCUGGAGAUCGUGCGCUUCCUGCUGCACCACCAGGCCAAUGUCAACGAUGCCGGGGGGGGCCCGCACUGCGAGGGCAUCACCCCCCUGCACGACGCCAUUGCCUGCGGGAACUUCUCCGUCGCCGAGCUGCUGGUCCAGAAAGGAGCGUCGGUGUCUGUGCGGAAUGCCAAGGGGCUGACUCCCCUCGAUGGGCUGCGGGAAUGGCAGCACCUCUACCGCAGGGACCUGGAUCAAGAAACCCGGCAGCAGUGCACGCACCUGGAGAGGAUACUGACGGGGUCCCAUGACCGAGGCAACACCGUGCGCCCCGUGCCAGAGCUGGCAGAGAGCGAGCUGUUUGACUCUGAGAGUUCCCAGCUCUCACACACCACUGAGGCCGGUUCGAGGGCCCUGGGAGUGGAGGAUCGGCGAGGGAGAGGCAGCCGGGUCUCGGGCGGGGACGGCGUGGGGUGCUGCUCCCAGAGGUGGGUAGAGGAGCCCCCAACCACCCAGGUGACAACAAGGAGCCGUCUGGAUUGGUCGGACGAGGAUGAGGAUGACCUCCCGCUGGAGUGUUUCCGGCCAUUCAGGAAGCGGCAGAGGUCGGCGAGAGACGGCGAGGGUGACCCGGUGACCCUCAGUGUCAGUGAUGGGAUGGCAGGCGGCCGGGGGUCUCUCCGCCCGGAGCGGGAGCGGGAAUCGCACGAUCCCUGCGCUGCCACCUCCACCUACCUGAGUGCCAUGCGGAGCCUGGGAAGUGCCCAGUCCCGGUUCCUGUGCCAGACCCUGGCUGAGCCGGCCCCAGCCCCAACCCCAACCCUAACCCCGUCGGCCCUGAUCCCAGACGCUGAGUGCCUGGAGGAGGACUGGCUGGAGGACGACCUGUGGGAUGGACGGCACAGGAAGAGGCCGCGGGAGAGGGGCGGAGUGGUCCCAGAAACUGACCCUGCUGCCAGACCUGCCCCCAACCCCACCAACUCCCCCAGGCUUCCCCAGCCCAGGAAGAGGCCGCGGCAGAUGCGGAUGACCCAGAUCGUGGAGAGGACGGUGGUGGGGAGGACGGCAGGGCGCUCCAGACAGGGAGGGGCUGCCUUGGGCAACUCCGAUGAUCUCACCCCAGAGCUCUGGUCCACCGCACCUAACGUCUCCGUCUCACAGAGUCCAGCCCUGCCGAUUACACAGACCGUCAACACCGCAGUGCCUCCGUUAAUUAGAGUGAAAGUCACUGUGCAAGAGACCAUCUUUCUGAUCCCAGUUCCACACAGCAGCGGUGAGGUGCACACAGUGUCCUGGCUGGCUGAACAGGCCAGCCAGCGCUAUUACCAGACCUGUGGUCUAAGGCCCAAGCUCAGCCUGAAGAAGGAAGGAGCCCUGCUGGACCCACUGGAUCCCAUCACCCACGUCCUGCAGAGUGACGAGGAGGUGCUGGCCGUUGUCUUGUCCUGGGACCUGCCUCCCCUCUCUGACAGAUACAAGAAAGCCUGUCACAGCCUCGGACUGGUUGAGGACAGCCUGGUGCUGAGGGCGUGCGAGGUGCAGGGAGGCGGCUCCUGCUUCCGGCUGAGUGGGGUGCCGCUGGGCACGGAGCGCCUGGCCCCGCUCCUCCGCUCCCUCCGCCUACACACGGCCAUGCGGGAGCUGCGUCUGGCAGCCACGCGGCUGGCACCGCCCGCCCUGGAGACGUUACUCGCCACCCUGCUCACCCUGCCCAACCUCACCCUGCUCGACCUCUCCGACAACCUCAUCAGCGGCCCCGGCCUGAGGGAGCUCAGUGAGGGAGUGCGCCGCUCCGCCCAACCCCCCUUCCAGAGUCUGCGGGAGUUGAACCUGAGCCUCAACCCGCUGGGGGAGGGCAGCUGGCAGAGCCUGGCCGUGCUGCUGGAGUGCUGUCCCGUGCUGACCACGCUCAGACUCCAGGCCUGCAGGCUGACCACUAGCUCCCUGCAGCAGCAUCGCCACCAGCUUGCAGAGGCCAUGAAAGGUUCCCUGCAUCUGAAGACACUGUGCCUGUCACACAAUGCGCUGGGAGGGCUGGGGGUGGAGCUGAUCCUGCAGAGCCUCCCCCACCGCUCCCUCACUCACCUGGACCUGUCGGCAGUGGGGGGGACAGGCGGUGACACCCUCCGCGUCGAGCACUUCGUCAGGUACCUGUCACAGGAUGGAUGCUGCCUGACCCACCUGAAGCUCUCUGCCAACCGCCUGACGGACGACUCUCUCCAUGAUCUCUCCAGGUGUUUGCUCCUCUGCCGCUCCUUGGAGGCCCUGGAUCUCUCCGCCAACCCUGGACUCACCACCGCAGGCCUGGACCUGCUGCUGGGAGCAGUGCGGGUGCGCAGCUCUGGGCUGCAAUUCCUCAGCCUGGCAGGUGCCUCUGUCCAGGAGUGGUCCAUGGCGGAGGGUACAGCCCCCCGGGUGGGAGAGCUGCAGCUGUGCAGCGCGGGGCUGCACAAGGGGGAGAUGGAGAGGCUGGCGGGGAGCUGGCGCAGUGCCCUGGGGGGCCGGGGCAGGGCCCUGUGUCGUCUGCACAAGUGCCUGCUACGGGCAGUGCCCAAUGGUCAGAGCUAA